AUGUUACCCCUAAAAUUUUAUUACAUUAUUUAUCUCUUUCUAGAGAGAGGAAGUUAGUGAGAGAAGUUCCUGUUGUUGUGAAUGUGUGAAGAAUUCCCAUGUGAAGAGGGAGAGAAUCCUUGAACCCAAUUUGUAUCUAAAAAAGCAAAAGAUUGAGCAGAAAAGCAAGGGAGAAGGAAGGAACAUGGAAGAUAGAGCAGAGAACAAGCUUCAUUAUGCAUUGUUGUUUAUCCUUCUUCCAUCUCAUUCAGAUUCUCUUCUCCUUUUCCCUCUCAUGUAGCGCUCGAACUAGAUCCCAUUGCUAUCUCCCGUUUUCUCUCUUCUGUAACUUGGAGAUGGCAGCUUCAGAACCCGGAACCGAAGACAUUUGUUCAGAUAUUUACGUUAAUCUCGGGCUCAAGUCAUUGCGCAAAGGAAUCCGAAGAAAUCCUCGGGUUCUCACGCUUCUUUCUUCACUUUUGGAACGCUCUGUUAAAAAAAAUGAAUUGCUAAUGGAGGCCACACAAGUCAAAGAUGCUCGUACGAUGUUUCAUGGUCUUCGAGCUCCCACCCUGAGUAUUCGAUGCUAUAUCGAUCGCAUCUUCAAGUACUUCGGCUGCAGCCCAUCAUGCUUCGUCAUUGCGAAUAUCUAUGUCGAUCGAUUUCUCAAGUGCACGGAGAUUCAGUUAACUUCUCUUAACGUUCAUCGGCUGCUGAUAACGAGCAUAAUGCUGGCUGCUAAGUUCAUCGACGACUCGUAAGCACCACCCUAUAAAUGAUUCUAUUUUGUGAUAUACAUGCAACUCAAUU